AGACCUCAAGCCUGUUUCGUACAACAAUAUUCAUUACAAAUAUAUUAAAGAAUAAAUUUCAUAUUUCACCUUGUAUACAUCUACUUACACUCAUGUAACGAGGGCACAAUUGGAUUGAUCUUCUGACUUUUGGAGAAGAAACUGAUUGUUUUAUUUGGGGAUGAAUUGAAGCGAUUAUCGCGCUGUUCGAAAAUUUUUUCAUAUUCUGGGAAAGGGUGGAUAUGGGUCUGACGGAUACGAGUUUUGAACUUCUCUUGACCCUGUGGCGAGUUUUCGUUCUGAGGGCACAAGUUAUCACCUGUCAGUAUCAAGGUGUAGUGUCACAGCCGCGAGUGCCGUACAAUAAUUAGCCAAGACGCUAAGUGACCACAAGGAUCCGGAACAAUGCCGUCGAGAGUGACGAAAAGUCCGACUCCGGAAGAGGUCGAAAGUACUGGAGAAAGAAGAGAGACUUGGUCAGGAAAAGUCGAUUUUCUUCUAUCUGUCAUCGGCUUUGCGGUCGACCUCGCCAACGUUUGGCGCUUUCCGUACCUUUGCUACAAAAACGGCGGCGGAGCAUUUUUGAUUCCAUACUGUAUAAUGCUGGUUGUGGGAGGAAUUCCGUUAUUCUACAUGGAACUGGCACUAGGACAAUUCAAUCGAAAAGGUGCCAUUACGUGUUGGGGUCGAUUGGUUCCUCUUCUAAAAGGAAUUGGUUAUGCUGUUGCUUUGAUCGCCUUUUAUGUUGACUUUUAUUACAAUGUGAUAAUCGCCUGGGCCCUACGUUACUUUUUCGCCUCCUUUUCGAGUCUUUUACCCUGGACCACUUGCGGAAAUCCAUGGAACACCCCUAGCUGUCGUCAAUUUAACAGAAAUGUUUCUUUUCUGGAUAAUUUCGGGUUUUCACAAUUUGAAGGGAUGGAAAAUCUCUCCCGAAUACUGGAAGUAGCAGAGGAAAUUGACGAAAAUGGAACGAGAUACACCAGUGCUGCUCAAGAAUAUUUCAAUCGCGCUAUACUGGAACUUCACGAAAGUGCAGGAUUACACGACCUUGGAUCUAUAAAAUGGGAUAUCGCCUUAUGCUUAUUAGUUGUUUAUAUUAUUUGCUACUUUUCGUUAUGGAAAGGAAUAUCCACAUCGGGAAAGGUGGUAUGGUUCACAGCACUUUUCCCCUAUGCAGUUUUAUUAAUUUUACUUGUACGAGGUAUUACGUUACCAGGAAGUGGCGAAGGGAUUAAAUAUUAUCUGAGUCCGAAUUUUUCUGCCAUAAAUAAAGCAGAGCUGGCAUAUGCCAAAAGAACACCAAAUCCUGGUCCCAGUGAGAAAAAUACUUGUGUCGCUGCAUCAACCCACACCUAA